AUGAUGAAGAUACAGGAAAAACUGUUUAUCAACAACGAGUAUGUGACAUCGCAUUCUAGCGAGAGACUGACGGUACACAACCCCUACGAUGGAAGCCUUGUUUCGGACAAAAUCGAAGUAGCGCUGGAAGAAGACGUCGACUUGGCCGUAUCAGCAGCGCAGGCAGCGUUGCCAGUAUGGCAGGCAAUGACGGGCGCACAACGCAGUGGGGUGAUGGUCAAAUACGCUGACCUGGUCGAGAAACACGCGGAAGAAAUCGCCCAGUUGGAGUCGCAGUGCAUGGGAUGUCCCAUGAUGUUGGCGCGGAGGGUGGUGGGAAGUCACGUGGCAGUUUUCCGAUACUAUGCUGGGUUGACGGACAAGAUUGCAGGCACAACGUACACGGAAGACGGCGAUGGCUUUUUCAAGAUGGUGCUACAGGAGGCGAUUGGUGUAUGCGCAGGGAUUGGGGCUUGGAAUGCAACGCCUAUUUUUGCUGGGUGGAAGAUAGCGCCGGCGGUAGCAGCAGGAAAUACGUUCGUAUUCAAGUCGUCCGAGAAGUCGCCGUUGGGUACGUUAUAUUUAGGCCAGCUCUUCAGGGAGGCUGGAUUUCCGCCCGGCGUGGUAAAUUUGGUGUCGGGCGGGCCAGCGACAGGCGCUCUUCUAGCCUCGCACAUGGCCAUUCGUAAGAUCGCCUACACGGGCUCCGUCAGCGGUGGCCGCGCGGUGCAGGUCGCAGCUGCGAAGAGUAAUCUCAAGGCCGUCACACUGGAACUGGGAGGCAAGUCGGCCGCAAUCGUCUUCGAUGAUGCCCACGUGGAGAGCGCAAUUGCGCACUGUUCGCAGACAUUUGCCUUCAAUGGCGGCCAGGUGUGCUCGGCAGCCUCGCGAGUGCUGGUCCACCGCGACAUGGCCGACGCCUUCAUUGCAGGCAUCAGUAUUGCUUUCAAACAGUUGGCGGCAGCCCACGGCGCGCCCUCGGAAGCAUUUUUCGGUCCUCUGGUUGACGAGCCGCAUCGUCAGAGAGUCCAGGCGUUUGUAGAUGCCGCCCGUGACGGCGGUGUCAGCGUGGUUGCAGGCGAGGUGCCCCCGCACCACCCGGCCUCAGCCCCGUUCAUCCCGCCCACGCUCCUCAUCGACCCCCCUACCAACAGUCGCGCAUAUCGAGAGGAAAUCUUCGGCCCUGUUCUGGCUCUCAAGACCUUUUCCACCGAGGAAGAAGCCAUUGCGCUAGCCAAUGAUUCAUCCUACGGGCUCGCCGCUGCCGUCUUCACCUCUAGCAUGCCGCGUGCCCUACGCCUAACCCGCGCCCUGCAGGUCGGCAUGGUUGGCGUCAACAGCCCCGUCAUGCCCUUGACCCAGUUGCCUUGGGGCGGAUGCAAAGAAAGUGGCUAUGGCCGCGAAGGUGGAAUGGCUGGUUUGGAGGAAUACUUGCAGUCAAAGACCGUCAUGAUUAGUAUGAAGGAUCCACAAGCCAGUCCAGCAAACUAAGGUUUUCGUGAGGAGGUUUUCGGAGGCUUCUGGUUGGGAUGGUAGGAUAGUACUCGUUGCAUGCAGUAGAAUGAUGUGUGUCUAUUGGUCAUGGCCUCUUCAUCGGCGGCUUCCACGAAGUCGUUCGUCGCUGUAUCUUUUACACAUUCACAACAUCAUUGCAUCCGCACUUGGAUUUUAUAGAAAGCAUUUUUGAUUGGUGGACGGAUGAGCUGAGAAGUGGCAAAACUACAUUAACAUCUUA